GGACGAAAGGAGGACUCUAGUAUCCUUCGUACUAUUAACGUGCCCUGACUGACGCUUCCUCGGUGACCUCCAGGUGACCGCCACAGCACGGAUGGACUAUUAAUUAGCACAGCAGGGGCCACGUCUGUCUCGCUGCACCGCCAUAGCCAGCAGGUGAAGAAGCAGAAAGAAGCAGACAGCGCGGGAGUGCCUGCCUGCUGCCACCAUGGACGGCUGCUACAUCCCAAACAACCCCGCCUACACGGACUGCUGGCGGCCGCUGUCCCCCACGUGCGGGCAGGCGGCGAUACUCACGCCCCUCAAACCCCUGGCGGCACAGAGUCCUCCUUUGCACCCUCCCCCGGCCUAUCCUCCUCCCCGGUCGCCGCUGCCGCCCACCACCACCGCCACAACGGACGAGUUACUCCCCGCUAGGAUGCCACCGGACCCGAACUCAGAGGUCUUGUACCAUGACAGCUUACAGACGCACUCCAGUCUCGUCCCGACCUCCUUCCCGCCGCUCUUUGAUCUGGAGCCGCUGCCAAACUUCGUCACCUUGUCCCCACACGCGCCCUACAACAGGGAGGCGAGCGGCAUGCUGGGCAAGGAGAAGGGUGACCACAUGGCUGACGUCCUGCUGUCCCUCAAGCACGCCGUGGUUCACCCGCACCAGGUGGGUGACUCCCCGCCCCCCGCUCCCCUCACUCCUCCCGUGCCCUCCACGCACACCCCUCUGCCCCUCACACACACCCCCUUCCCUCCGACACACACGCCACUCCCGCCAUUCCACCCUCCUCCUCCUUACUCCCCUUCCUCUUUCCCCUACCCACACACCCCGACAUAUCUCCCUCUCGCCCCCCUCUCCGCCCCCUCCCCUCCCCCAGACACUGCCAUCACUGAGCCAAUCCUCCCCAUGCCGGGUAUCUCACCCCCUACCACCCACAUACACCCCUCCACGCCCCUCGAGGAACCAGUCUCCUUACCAGACGCCAUGGGUGGGGCCUCCUCCCCUCCCCACACCUCAGAGCCUUCCUCUCUCGGGGGCGCCACCUUGUCUUUCGGUGGGAGCCUCGGGGGCGGCCUUGGCUCCCUCACGGGCAGCCUGGGUUCUCUGGGUGGCCCCCUGCCCCCCAUGGGAGCCCCGGGUAAUUCUAGUCCCAUCAACAACUUGAACGGGUCGCUGGGAGGGCCGCUCCUUCCUCCGCCGCCCCCGAUGUCGCCCUACGCGUACCAGCAGCCCCAGACCUUACCGAGUAUGAUGGGCGGCAUGGGCGGUGGCGGGUGUUACUCCAGCGCAGGUUACCAAGAGACACCCACCGCCUACUCCUCCCCCGCGCCUCCACCUCAUGUGUUCCCCGCCAUGAGUGUCAACGUGUCUAUGAACAUGACCAUGGGGGUGUCCAACGUGAAUAUGGGCUACUCUCCAGACCAGUCUCUGCAGCACCAGUGGUCCACCAGCUGCGCGGGGCCCCAGGGAUCGUCACUGUCCCCUGUUGGCGGCGUCAGUUACCCCCAGCACUCCGCUCCCCCAGGCCUGGUCAGCCCCCUCCCCAUGUCGUACAGCGGGGCGUGCAACCAGAGCUACAGUGUCGGGACAUAUGCCUGGAGUGGUGACCUGCGGACGGACCACCCCAGCAUGCCAGGUUUGGAGAGGGACCUUUACUUACGCUCCCCGCCCCUCCGGCCUCGCCCCGCCUCCCCGUGUGUGCCGCCCUACCACCACACGCCACCCACCUCCCAGUGCGGCCAGUUGUCACCCACGCUCAAUGCUCUGCGGCGCCGGCCAAGCGUGGGAGGCAUGAUGAGUAUGUCUGGCCUAUCCUGCAACACUCUCGACAUCUCCAAGCCCCUGUUGAGUGACGGGCUUAAGCCAAACCUGUGUAGAAUCUGCGGUAAGACCUACGCCAGGCCAUCUACUCUAAAAACCCACCUGAGGACUCACAGUGGGGAGAAACCGUAUAGAUGUAACGACUGCAACAAAUCCUUCAGUCAAGCCGCCAAUUUGACCGCCCAUGUCCGAACCCACAGCGGGGAGAAGCCAUUCCGCUGUCCCAUAUGUGACCGCAAAUUCUCCCAGUCGUCUUCGGUCACAACGCACAUGAGAACCCACUCCGGAGAACGCCCCUACCGCUGCCGGAUGUGCAAGAAGGCAUUCAGUGACUCCUCCACCCUCACCAAGCAUCUUAGGAUUCACUCAGGGGAGAAACCGUACCAGUGUAAGCUCUGCCUCCUUCGCUUCUCACAGUCUGGGAAUCUGAAUCGUCACAUGAGGGUUCACUCGCAAACGUCUUGAGAUCCCCACGUUUCUCACUCAGUACCGCUGCCGACUCCUCCUCCUCCUCCUCCUCCUCCUCCUUAUCUUGCGUCCUUUUCAAGAUCUCCUGUUGCUGCUGUGUCUCCUCCUCCUCCUCCUCCUCCUCCUCCUCCUCCUCCUCUUCCUGCCGCUAAUCUCAGUUUGGUGGUUUGAUUUUAGUUUAUACAUUGUUAUUGACAUUACUGACAUAUACACUACUACUAUAACUACUACUACUACUACUACUACUACUACUACUACUACUACUACUACUACUACUAC